GAAACUAGCUGAGUCGUUUUCUCAGAAGAGACCAUAUUUGUUCGCAGAGGAAGCUGCUGCUUUCUUGGAUCUGGCUACAGCAGAAAAGACAUCUGCUCCAACAGGGUGUUCCACGGGGUAGCUGUGAGUUGGAAGAACCAAGGACGCCUCCAAGCUCUGGAUUCGGGGUCCUCUGUCCAUGGGAGCAACGCUCAUGCUUGGCUUGUGAGCUUCCUCCCCAGAGAUCAACAUGGCACUGAGGAACGUGCCCUUUCGCUCAGAGGUUCUGGCCUGGGACCCCGACAGCCUUGCUGACUAUUUCAAGAAGCUGAACUACAAGGACUGUGAAAAGGCAGUGAAGAAGUACCACAUUGAUGGGGCUCGGUUCUUGAACCUGACAGAAAAUGACAUCCAGAAGUUCCCCAAGCUCCGGGUUCCGAUUCUCAGUAAAUUGAGUCAAGAAAUCAACAAGAAUGAAGAGAGGAGGAGCAUUUUUACACGCAAACCCCAAGUUCAGCGGUUUCCUGAGGAGACAGAAAGCCAUGAAGAAGACAACGGGGGCUGGUCAUCCUUUGAAGAAGAUGACUAUGAAAGUCCCAACGACGAUCAGGAUGGAGAGGAUGAUGGUGACUAUGAGUCCCCCAACGAGGAGGACCAGGUGCCCGUGGAGGAUGAUGCAGAUUAUGAGCCGCCGCCCUCCAAUGACGAGGAAGCGCUGCAGAACUCCAUCCUGCCCGCCAAGCCUUUCUCCAACUCCAACUCCAUGUACAUAGACAGGCCCCCCUCCGGGAAAGCCCCCCAGCAGCCUCCCGUGCCCCCCCAGAGACCGAUGGCUGUGCUCCCUCCACCGCCAGCGGGCCGGACCCACUCGCCAAUACCCCCACCCCAGCCCAACCAUGAAGAGCCCGGCAGAAGCAGGAACCACAAAAUGCCAAAGCUCCCUGCUCCUUCCAUAGACAGGAGCACAAAACCUUCUCUGGAUCGUUCCUUAGCUCCGUUCGACAGAGAGCCUUUCACACUAGGAAAGAAACCACCGUUUUCUGACAAGCCCUCGAUUCCAGCGGGGAGGCCUCUCGGGGAGCAUUUACCCAAGAUACAAAAGCCUCCUUUGCUACCAACCUCGGAAAGACAUGAAAGAAGUAGCCUCCUGCCAGGGAAGAAGCCACCUGUGCCAAAGCAUGGAUGGGGACCAGACAGAAGAGAGAAUGAUGAAGAUGAUGUGCAUCAAAGGUCUUUGCCUCAGCCAGCACUACUUCCUAUGAGCUCCAACACCUUCCCUUCAAGAUCUAACAAGCCAAGCCCCAAGCAUUCUCUCCCAUCCCCCCACAUGCCUGGAGCAUUCUCAGAAAGUAACAGUUUUCCACAGAGUGCCUCCCUGCCACCGUACUUCUCCCAAGGCCCUGGCAACAGACCGCCUCUCAGAGCAGAAGGCAGAAACUUCCUUCUACCACUUCCAAGCAAACCCCGGCCCCGAUCCCCUGCAGAAGAAGAGAAUUCAUUAAAUGAAGAGUGGUACGUUUCUUAUAUUACCCGACCAGAGGCAGAAGCUGCUCUUAGAAGGAUAAACCAGGAUGGCACUUUUCUGGUUAGAGACAGCUCUAAAAAAACAAUCACCAAUCCUUAUGUUCUCAUGGUAUUGUACAAAGACAAAGUUUACAACAUCCAGAUUCGUUAUCAGGAGGAAAGUCAAGUUUACUUGUUGGGAACUGGACUCCGAGGGAAAGAGGACUUUUUGUCGGUGUCAGAUAUUAUUGACUACUUCAGGAAAAUGCCACUUCUGCUCAUUGAUGGAAAAAACCGAGGUUCCAGAUACCAGUGCACAUUGACGCACGCUGCAGGGUACCCGUAGCAAGUUAGCCAAGUAAAUGAACCUUUCUCCUGCCUUUGUUGUCAACGCAGGAAGAUCAACCGACCCUGGUCAAUGGACACUUAGGACUGACUUGAAUCCCUCGCCAGGAACACAAAGGUUUUGUCAUUUCCUUUAAGAAAUGUUUGAAGUGAAGACUGUCAAAUAUUCCAUAAUUUAUUUAUUCUUCUUUGAUGUUUGUAAAGUGCAUGAGUAAUAAUUUUCACACUUUAAGUCUAGUAGUGCACUAUAAUAAUUCCUUUUUUAAAAGAUGUGUAUUUUUAAUAUUCAUUUCAAAGUAUAGUCGUUUACAUAGAUACAGAAAUAAUUUGGGGCAAGUUUACACUGAAACAGUGAUAGCUAUUAGUAUCACAUAAAACUGAUUUUUUAAAAUAGCCGAAUCUGUCAGAUGCGUUCAUUUUAUAAAUGUAAUUUGAAAAUUACUAAAAUUUAUUUUCUCAGCAGCAAUAACUUAAGAAGCUUCAAAAAUAUAAUUUCAUUCUUUUUUUUUUGCUGGGGGGAUUUUUAUGUACUGUAUAAUGAAAAGAAUAAAUGCAUGUUGGGAUAACUUCUGGGAUUAAAAUCGGACUUUUGCCUUAGA